AUGGGAAAUUGCAUAGCCGGAAAGAGAGGCAAAAACAAUGGAAACCAAAUGCUACAAAGAUUCAAAACAGCUGACGAUGGACUCUACUACAAGCCAAAAAUAAAUUCUUCAACUUUAAUUUGUUAUAGACCCACAGAUCGUGCUUUUUGGGACGUGAAAAUUGAUACAAACCUCAUGUUCCAAGCAGGAGCUUUAUUUGGAAAAAUAAGAGUUGGAAAAUAUAUAUGUAUUGGAGGUGUAGAAAACGGAGAUGUUGCUUUUAUUAUUGAUACCACAGAGAAAAAAACAAUCCAAAUUAAUAAGCCGCCAAUGAGUUUGGCAUAUGGGAGAUGCCAUGCUUUUCAAAACAAAGUUUAUGUGGUAGGAUCACUUUGUAUAGAAGCUGAUGGGUUAGAAAAGCCAGCAGUGCCACUUGUUUAUGAUAUUAGGACUAAUUUGUGAACUGAAUUACCAAAAAUGCCAGUAAAUGUAUCAUUAUGUGGAAGCUUCAUUGUAGGUAAAGGUUUGAAUUUAAUCGGCGGAUUUUUAAAUUACCCAAGCCAUCCUACAUUGUUCAGAUCAAUGCUGCAGCUUGAUCUUAACACUUUAGAAUGGGCUCAAAGUAGCGUCACAACUCCUGUGCUCCAUGGUCUUCCUUCUUGUGUUGUUUUAACUGAAAAUGCGAUUAUGAUUAUAGGAGGCCAUGACCCCUGCGAGCAUUACUCUUCAGAUGAGUCUAAAAGUACAUAUAUAUUUAAUGGGAGAGAAUUCCAAGCGUUGUCUGAUUUACCAUCAGUUGGACAAUUAAGGUUUUCUGACUCCCCUUUAUACGCUAAGCAAGAAGUCUUAUUAUAUUCUGAUGACGAAACUUUGUUCACUUAUGACUUAAACAGUGGCUCUUGAAGCUAUUUUGAUAUAGAAGAAAAAAUGGUAGGAAAAGACCCACCAAUUCAGACUUUUCUUGAAAAAGGGAAAUUUGUGUAUCAUUUUUGUCAAAUGGAAUGCGAAAUAAUUGAGUAUAAUAUGGACAAUAAAACAUCGAAAAAAACUGGCCCAGCCAGUUUUCAUAAUUUUUACAAAUACACAGGGCUUUGUAUCCUUGGAGAUGGAAGAUUAAUGUUUGCUGGAGGGCUAAAAGAGGAUCAUUCUGAAGGAACAGUCUCCUGCUGGACUUUGGAUCCUCAGUCAAGACAUUCAGAAAAUAUCGCAGAGCUAAAGUAUAAACAAUAUGGGCUUAGACUUGUAGUAAUAGAUAGAGUGGUAUAUGCAGUUGCAGGAGUAGAGUCUUCAGAAAAUUUAUACCCAAGCCCAUCAAGAAGCCAUUGUCAGAAAUAUUCUUUAGACUUAAACCAAUGGGUUGAUAUAGAGCCAUUAUCAUCUACAACUUUUUUACCUGGCGCUUGCCAUAUGGCAGGAAGAAUUUUUUGUAUAGGCGGAUAUGUAGAGGUAAUAGACUCAGCUGUGAAUUUGAAUUUAAUUCAAGUAUAGGGGUUUCCCCUAGAUAGCCCUUACAAGGCUUUGGAUUCUGUCCGGAAUCCUUUGUUUGGCCGAACCAACAAGUGUGAGUUGGUCCGACCAAUGCAGUGAGUUGGCUCGACCAACAGAAGGAUUCCGGACAGAAUCCAAAGCCCUGUAAGGGCUAUAUAGCGGAAACCCCUAUAUAUUCUAUAGCCCAAAACCAUUGAGAUAUUCUUACUAUUGAAUACCCAUUUGGAGUUUCUAGCGGUUCCUUUACACAACGCCUAUUUCAUAACGACUUUUUUUUAGCCUAUUAUUUUUAGCCUAUAUUUUUUGCCUUUUUACUUGGUCUAUUGCUUUAAUGCUAAAUAAAAUGAUUGAAAAUCACCUCGAAAUAGUCUAUAUGGAACUAUUUCUAAAGCAAAGUACAAAAAAAUAUCAAAAAUAAUUUAGGAAAAAUAGGCCAAAAAAAAAAAUAACCAAAAAAAAUAGUCAUUGAAAUAAUUGUCAUGUGAAGACAUGACUUCUAGCUUAGGAGUGGCUCCGCUUCCUGGGAAUAAACUAUUAUGCUUUGGAGGGCAAUGCCAAAAUGGCAUCAAAAUCCCUAAUACCUAUAUUUUUGACGGAUACAAUUUCCAAUACAUCAGUGAUCUCCCAAUUCCUGAAGAAGGUGCAGACUCUACAGUGUUUUCUGACCCAACCGUAAUUGUUGGCAACAAAAUUUAUGCAUUUUCAGAAAAUAGAUAUCUUUAUUGUUUUGAUUUUGGGAGCCAAAGCUGGCAUACUGAAAUGCCUAAUAUAAGUGUUAGGUGUUAG